GGAUGAAACGGAAAAAGAAAUGGGAAGAGUUCAUGAACGCCGCCUGCAAAAUGACACCUGAUUCCGGUCUCAUGAACUCGUCCCUAGAGAACGACUACUGCAAGGACUGGACGAACAAGAUGCGCGGAUACAUGAAUCUUGUGCAAUGCGGCGAAAAAGUAUGGCUACUAGUAGAGAAAUUCUUCAACAUGUACGAGAAGGGGCUAUUGCCGCGAGUCGACGGUGUGAGAUACAUCGACCUGCCGAGGAAAGUGGAAGGGAGGCUGCCUGGGCAAUACUUCCUCAAGCACAACUCCGGCAAAAAAGUCCUGUUCCACUGCAUCAAGGCCAGGAAGGGGCCAUCAGGCGCAACGGUGUCUAUACCUGACUUGACGCCGACAAUCUUCAAGUUGUUCGGCGAUAUGACAGUGAGAGAGAAGCAAGUGGUGCUUCACCACAUGAUGCGUGGUGAUGUCAUCGUGACAUCACGUUCGGUACCUCGUGGUAGAUGCAACAUGGCGGACCUGGUUAAAUAUACUCAGCGUGAAAGAUAUAUGGUCUGUAUGUUCAACUACAUAUUGUUUAAGGUAGAGGGGAGGUCAAAAGAAGAGUGGAGCGCUGACUUUUUCAUCGGUUAUACGACCAUCUUGGAGAGGUACGACAAAAACAAUCUGACGGACAAGAAAUGGACCGAGGAACGCGACCGCAUCCUUGACGAUAAGGCGAGGAAGGUGCCGAGGCGUUUGGGCGGUCCUGAUGAGAUUAAUGGUGAGAACGGUGCGGGACUAGAGGCAACCCAAGGCAUGUACAAGGAAACCCCGUUCCACCUCAAGUGUUUCAUCUACGAGGCAAUCGACUGCUUGGACGACCUGAGAGCGGAGGUUAAUCGGAUAUCCUCCAGUGCUUGUCACAUCUUUUGGGAAGUGGGGAAGAGGAUUACCACGAUCCUGCCAUUUGAAAUCGAACCGAAGGGAGUGCUCACGGACAACGAGGAGGUUGUUGGUACGGCGAGGGGGAUGAAGAUACGGGCAACCAUUCUUGAUAUGUCAACAUCACUGAAAUGUGUUCCGUGGGAUGAUGACGCCUUUUCCAAACUGUACGCUUUCCUCAUGACAUGCUGUGGCGAAAACUGGGCCUUGAUCAUUUUCGCUCCGAUGAAACACCAGAAACAGGUGAUGCAGAGUGUAUACAACUGGGAUGAUGUUGAGGUGCUCACAGGGUCAUGGUACAGACACUAUACACCUUCGACAACCUUGAACAAGUACGACAACAUUGCAGUUCGGUACACUGACAUGAUGACUAUUGUCCUCCACGCCGAGAACGACAAUUUGGACAAUAUAACGGUUGCGCCGAAAUUGCGAGCCGAGUUGACAAAUUUGAACGUUGAAGAGAGUGAAUUUGUGAGCUCGUUCAUCAGGGAGGACGAUGGCGUGAUGCUGUUGGGCAGGGUGCAUGCGGGACUGAUUUGGGAACUGGCUCGCGCCAGACACCACGUGUUUGCGUGUGACGACACGACGAAAGAGCUCACAUACCUUUCCAAGUUUUUGGAGUUUUAUGUGAAGGAUCCGAGGAACAAAUGCAGGUUCGAAAAUCCCCAAGUCGAGAACCGCAAGGACCGGGACAUCUACUAUAAGCUCGGUAGGAAGAGGGAGAAAGUGUGGGCUUACUUGUUCGGUGACGCUCCACAAUCGGCGGUUGAUAACGACUACAUCAUCAGAAAAAGUGAACUCGAGAUAGCAAUGAACGAGUACCACGGAUCGUACAUGGGUCAUUUCCACAUGUUCGUCGCACGUUGUGAGCAUCUGUAUUUCAAUAUGAAGAAAAGAGCACUGUCAUGCAGGGACUAUGCAGACUUGGCACGUAAAGCGGGGAACUUCAACAACAUCGAUUGUGACGAAGACACGUCAGACUCCGACUUGGACGUUCCGUCGCGCGCGACACGACGUUCGGCGCAGGGAGCACGUGCCAAGGAGCCGCAAGGGAGCACCAACGCAGAUGCGGAGAAGGCGAGGUCGGGUUUGGGAGCGACACAUGCUAGUGAGGGAGACGUGGAACAUAUAAUGAAUGCAAGGGGAGAAAAGAAUGGUGUACCAACGAACCCGGUGGGUGCGAGUGAGGGAAUUGUUAACUCACGGGGCAACACAGGGGAAGGAGAAAAUGAGUGUGAAAUGACCCCGCCGACAACUGGACCAUCAUCGACACAUGCACCGCAGGCCGAGCAGCGAACGCUCACGUCGAUGGACAUAGACGAAGAUGAAGACAUGGAUAUGACAGCUGUCAUGCCGAAGCUCAUGCCAGGAAAACCGUUACCUCAAGGCUUUGCUCAAGACCCUUCAGUGCCAUACUUGCUGCAAGACAAGUACAAGGAGUCAUCGGAGAAGGACUGGGGUCAUCAUAUUCUCUGGCUUGAGAGCGUGUUCGAACCGUGCGUGUUUACGGGCAAGUGGCAAAUGGUUGUGAAGACAAAAGACCGCGGAUGGGUCACGAAGGAAAGAAAGGACGCUGCGAUAUGGCACAGCGUGACGGAGACGCAACUUUUUCGGCGGGUUGCACAAGAAAAUGUCGGUGCAACCGAGGUGGCUGUAGCGGCAAAGGCGAAAGCUUUGUUUGAGCAUUUGCGUGCGAAAAAACAACUAGAAUUCAGCACAAAGUUCUACGACCUUGCAUCAAGUGUGUCGUACGGCUCCAUCGAUUGGAAAAUCAAACAAGCGUCAGCAGUGCAAGGAAUCGAUAGCAUCACCUCUCUGAAGACUCAAGACGUCAUCGCGUCUAACACCAUCGUUGCGAUGGCUUGAGGGGAUGCAGGCUGCGAAACGGACACACGUGCGAACGCAGGUCACAUACAGAAUGAACAGUUGCGAGCAUG